AGGAUCAAACGGUGGAGAAAUAGGAGUUACGAGAGUAAAAUUACAUGAAAUUACAAAUAACUGUGGGACCAUUACAAGAUUAUGGUGGGGCUAAUCAUUUUCCAAAAGGGUAGAUUCGUCCAAUUUAGUGUGCAGCGCUGGGAGAAAAAGGAAAAAGAAACCUAGCCACGCACGGUUCUUCCCCCUCUGUCGAUCCCCUCUCCGCGCCUCCUCCUCUGCCGUGUCGCUGCGCCGCCGCACGCUUCUUCCCCCCCUCUCCGCGCCUCCUCCUCUGCCGGUCGCUGCGCCGCCGGCUCAGCCGCUUGUCCUGCGCCUUCUCCUCCCCGCUCCUCGCUGAGUCAUCGACCAGAUCGGCGUCCAUGUUCAGCAGCGGCGGGGGCAUCUUCAGCGGAGGAGGCGGGUGGUCGUGGUGGCGGCACCUUCAGCGGCGUCGCCGGACUCCCGUCGCUGACCUCGGCCUCACCCAGAAGAGGUCUUGUCCGCCCAUGCCGCCAAGGAGGGGGAGCAGCCGUGCCCGGACGAGGUCGUCCCCAACUCCUGCAUCUAGUCGUCGACCUUACCAACACUGCAGUCGCCGCUGCUGGUCGAGGUCGCCCAGGUUGACACCGGCCCCGCCGGCCUGCAGGUCAUCCUGCCCGACAUGGUAUUUGGCAAUAUUGGUUCUUGGGCUGCCCAAUUGAUCACUGAAGCUGGUGGCAAGGUGGUCUCCAUCAGAGAUGUCACAGGGGCUGUCAAGAACUCCAAUGGCAUUGACAUAGCCAAGCUGAUGAAGCACUCGGCAGAGAACCGCGGGAUCAAGGGCUUUGACGGAGGCGACGCCGUCGACCCGACCUUGCUGCUCACGGAAGAGUGCGACGUGCUCAUCCCGGCAGCUCUGGGAGGAGUCAUAAACAAGGACAAUGCUGAUGCCAUCAAAGCAAAGUACAUCAUCGAGGCUGUUAACCACCCAACAGACCCCGAGGCCACGAGGCAAGAACACCAACAUUUUGCCACAAAACUAAGCUGCAUUUGUUGACACAUUCACACAUUGACUGACAGCAGAGAAAUGUUCAUGUUCGUGGUGCAGAUUCGGGCAAAGAAGGGCAUGCUGAUCCUACCGGACAUCAUGGCCAACUCCGGCGGAGUGAUGGUGAGCUGCUUCGAGUGGGUGCAGAACAUCCAGGGGUUCAUGUGGGAUGAGGAGAAGGUGAAUCGGGAGCUCAAGACAUACAUGACCCGCGCCUCAAAUAUAGUUCUGAAUAUUUAGGCAAUGUAUGGCAUAGUAGAAAAUGGAAAGUAGUUAUGUAAAGUAUAUCUUCGAAAACCAGAAUUGGCUCAAUUUGGAAGAAUGCCUACUUCA